AUGGCUUUCGUCUCCUGUUCCGGCGGUGAACACAUCGAAGAGGAGGAAGAGGACUCCCAGGAAGAUGCUUUCAAGGGCCCUCCACCGGCACUCUCCAUGACGCGGACUGCCGCAUCUGACUGCCGCAGUGAGGACUCGCCAGGGGGCAGUCAUCCUCGUUUUUCUCUCUCUCGGCUUCGAGAAUUCGACGAAGCCUUUCCUCUCUCUAGUCGGGCGAGCGAGGGAUCAGCAGUCCGUAUCGCCCUCGACCGCAGUGUCUUGAUUGUUCUCGAGCCCGCCGACCGUCUUGUGGCCUCUCGGUCCCACAAGGGGAGAUGCGGCAUUGGUGCGGAGAGUGGUGUCUCCGUUUCCCAAUCUCCUUCCGCCUCUUCAUUUCGGCCAAGUCACGCGCCCGGAGACGUUCGGCUGAGACUCUCCGCGCUACGACCUCUUGCCAAAGAUGGGGAAACCGAAGCCGAGCUGGUGGGGGGACCACACAGCGCAGAAAGUGGGAAAGGGGAUUCGAAAAACGAGGAUGGCUACGUUUCGCCAAUGUCGUCUGCAUUGGCGCGAGCUUCGCUCACGCAUGCAGCCCCGUUCCAGUCGCUAGCCUGUUACCUGUGUAGCGUGAAGGGACAUCCGCGGCAGGAGGAAGGUGCCCGCGACCCGGUCGGCUCAUCGCCGGUCGUCGACGCGCUCGCUGCGGGCUCUGGCGGGGCGCAGUGGUCUGGGCCGCUGUAUCUGCGAGACGGACCUCGACCUCUCCGGGCUCCUUUUGGGCCCUCGAGGCCCCCGUCCACUUGCAGCACGCUGUCUCAGAAUGUGGAAUCGUUUGCAUGCGUGCCUGCCCAACGCCCAGGACGCCUUGCGGGAGCGACGUGGGAUCUCCUCUGGGUGCAGAUCCCCGAACCCCGCGAACUGCUUCUGCGGCAGCGCCAGCAAGAGGCCGCGUCAGCAGCUUCACCGGGGACUGAAGACUCGCCACAGGGGCGACUCCAAAAGGGCGGAGGGGCCCAACAGGGGAAGCGAUGGAUGCGGCAGUUACGCCCGAGAGGUGCGUCAUGCGCCGGGGAUCUGCGCCAUUCCACGCCGUGGACGGGCGGGCCUCGGCACGGCGAUGAAGACGAAGAGGAACGGUUCCUCAAGCUCCCCAGUGUUCCUGUCCUGGUCACACUCUCGGAGGCGUCUCUGGACUUCUUCCUCUUUGAUCGCGUCGGCACCGCCGACGCGCCCCUUGUGGACUGCUGCUACGACGGCUGGUGUGCGUGGUCUGGCGACGCAGGUCGAGAUACGCCCGCGCCGCCAAGUUACCACGUGGGUGCACGGCUACGGAGUGGAGGCGAGCUCACCGGGGCGCCAUGCGCAUGCCAUCAGAGUUCGGCCCAGGGCGUGGAGACAAACGUGCUUGAGGGCGCAAAGGGAAUAAACAAAGGCCGCGCGACUCAGAGGCGAAACAGGCCAUCUCGCUGGCUCAUUGAGUGGGACUGGUGGUGGUGGCAGAAACCCCGGCUGUCUCCACACGGCAGUGUAUCGUCCCAGGAGGACACAACGCAUAGGUCCUCCGUUGCGUCCGUGGUGAGCUUCCCGAGGGCCGAGAUGAAGACUCGCUUUGCCGCGAGCGGCACCCAAGCACCAUCCGAUGAAACUGAGGUGGAUAAGAGUCUCGUGUCCUCGGCGUGCUCAGAUUCCUCGCGCGAACCGUCUCGUCUCGACAUCCCUAAAACGAAUCUGCGUGCCUCGCACCUAGAGCUGCGGGAUGUUUCAGGCGGCACGGAGCCCGCCCUUCACCACGGAGAAGGUGUCUGGGGAACAACGCCGUUCGGCGACGACCCAGUGGCGAGCCGGCCGGCCUCGUCGCCGUGCACCUGGUUCGGCCCAGAUGCGGAGAAUUCCAUCCGGCGAUUCCGGGCACCGCUCCGGGCCCUCCUUCCCUUUGUCACGGUGAAAAAGAGGAAAGGGAAGACAGGGGAUCUCGGGGCGGUCGGGAGAGCGGGAACCAAGUCGAAGGCUGGCAUGAAAGAGGACGCGAGCAUUAGUGAGCAACCGAUGCGUGAAGGGGUGGACAAAAUGAUGAGCCGGAACGCAGAGACUGGGACGCGGCGUUCGGAUCCUCAGGCAGGCGACGCGACGCCUGCCGCCUCGCAGAUGUGGCCGUGGGGGGGGACGUUCAAAGAGGCCGUGGAGCACGGCUGCUUCCGUCUGCAGUUCUGCUCUGCGUCGAAGCCCGACGAGCUCGUGAUUGUGUGGAACUACGCCGUGGCACUCUGGUGUACAGUGUCGCAUUGUGGCCUGCUGGUGAAACGGCGUUUCUGGCUUCAGCGGACGCUGUCUUUCACCGUGCACGAGAAAGAGAUAUCGGAGUCCGGUUCCGUCGAUUCUUCCUCACAGCCCGCGAGGGUCGUGAGAUCCACGACCCGAGCUUUGGCUCCAGUCCAGCUCCUCUCGCUCGCCUCGCGUAACGACCUCCUCUUCGCCCUCACGGCGCCUCCGAGACAACACCUUCUCGUCUGGUCUCUGCAGGGUGUCGCGCUGUAUGCUAUCACCUUGCAUAGUUAUUCUCCACUCUCCGCCACUCCUGUUCCGAGUGUCUCUUCAAGCGCCAGGCGUUGUGUCCAUACACCCACAAGCUGUGUCCCCAGGGCCUCUGCAGUCUCCAGCGGUCGCCUGCGGUUGCGAAGUGGCGCAGACUGCUGCAGUACGCGCCCUGCCAGUGAGGCGCCCGGGAGAGGCUGCGACACUGUGUCGAGAGCUCCGCGCGCGAGAGGGUUGCCUUCUCUGCUUGGCUCAGCUUUGGGGCUGGCGGCGGGGGCCGAGACAUGCGGGUGUGGCAGUGAACACGACGGGACGCUGAGCAGAGACGCGAGAGGAGAAGAGGCCGCGGAGAGCCCGCAGGGUGAAUGUUCCUGGGAGUCUGCAUCGCGUCGAACGAGCCGGCGCCAGAACGGGAACACAGGGUCGUGCCCCGUCAGGGCCCUGGGGGGAGACACUACCAGAGGCGAAGGGUUGGAUGGGACUCGGCGGCCCACGGUGCGCUGUCCUUUCUUUCUGUCUCUCCAAAUCACUGUGGACUGUACGUACGCGGUCUUGACUGACAGUGACCACGCCAUCUGGUGCAUCGACCUAGACGCGUAUUUUGCCUCCUCUCCGCUAGAGACGGCGGGCCACUUCCUUAGUUCGUCGCCCACAAUGCUGCUCCGUCGACCUUCGCUGUUGACCGUCUUUCCGUCUCUCUGCAACCUGGGAACGGGGGGUGCUCAAGCAGACGGUGGAUCCUACCUCUGCGCGACCGCUGUGAGUGCGCUUCUCCCUCCGUCAACGGCUGCGAAGGUCUUUGGUCCCUCUCUGCCGACGGCUACGCCCAGCCGAGAUCCGAGGCUUCCGCCGGGUACGCGUGGGGCCUGUGCGCCUCUAGACGCCUCGAGCCGAUCCUGGAUAGCGGUUCUGGAGGAGCGCCGGCGGGUGGCAGAAGGCCUGUCUUGGCCAACACAGCUGCAUCAGGCAUCUGCAGGUCUCUCAGCCUUUCCUUCGGCCUUCAAUCUCCUUCCUCUUGUCGUCUCUCUCAAACGUCGGCCGGGCCCCAGACCCCACAUGACGCAGACUGGCGGCGUGUCGCGGCCGGAGCCGGACAGCAGAGGCUUCGAAGGCGUUACGCAGGAAGCGCACCAAGGGAGGGGACAGGAGGGACAGGAGAGACAGGAAGUGGAUCAAAGAGACAGAGGCCCCGCAGUUCAUGCUCGGCGUUCAUCUGAUGGCCCGAAAUCGAGCACACUGAAACAAACUGAGGUGGCGCUUUCGGGGAACGGCAACACGCAGAGACUUUCCUCUUCGCCAUCGUCAAGUUCUGCCCCAGGGGAGGGCCGAACGCCUCUCACUGGAGACCGCGGUCGCCGCACAGAGUGGUCAUCUCCCCAAUCUGUUUCGAAGUCCCCUCGCUCGCCGUUGCCUGAGAGCGAAGCGAACUGGCAGCUCCCUCUACCCGGCGCGAGCUGUAUGGACACCGCACCAACUGGAGUCUGUCCCCGCUUCUCUCCCCCGCCUUUGUUGAGUGUCCGCAAAGGCGCACGACCCUUGAAGCGAGCCGAACUCCCGACAACACCCUCGGAGGCAUUUGACGACCUUGUGGCGGAGUGCAGCCGCGUGAAUCGGUCUGCCUUCUUCACCCGGGACUUGGGUACGGUCCCGGUUGUCCCACAGGCCCUCUGGAGGCCCCUGGAGCCCUGGCGGGCGAGCGAACGGGCUAGAAGUCGAGAAGGCAAAACGCACCUAGAGCGGAGCCCAUCGGCAGGCUGCCUACCGGCAUACUCUGGAACCGCUGCACAGCAGGUGGGGCCAGCGCCUUCGUCAAGUCCCGGAAAAACGCAGCCUAGCGGCCACGGGGCGGCCUCGCGAAGAUCGUCUACGGCGGAAGAAUCGCGCGAAUGCCAGUCGUUUCGACAGAGUCCGGAGAGGCGGGAAACCGGGAUAGCUGCCGCAGAUUUUGGGCACGACGAUGAUCCGCGGCGGUCGCGCAUGUACGCGCAGGCGAGCUUUCGCUCUGAGGAGUCAGAGAGAUGCUGCUGUCAGCAUUUGCGCGGGGCGCCGGAUGGCAGCUUUGGCGGCGGGCGACCUGAGAGAGGCGAGGACACGGCGACAGACUUCCGUCUUUCCACGGCGUCGUCGUGCUCGUCCUGGUAUCUGUCCUCGGGGCCCGAUGACUCUCCCGCCAUCGUGCUGUUUGUGACUCCGGCGGAGCUUCAGGUGGAGAUGCUGCUCGUGCGGAAUCAGGCGAUUGUUCUGCAGGGUCGAGAGCACCACUUGACUUCGCGUUUGGCUGCCUCGGAUCCUGCCGGCCCGCGCCUCGCGGCAGGCUCUUCUCCGCCACACUCGCAUGAGGACGCCGGAGCGGCGUGUUCGGCGCGUGGCCGCAGCCCAAGCCAGGCGCCGGCCUCAGCUCUUCCCUCUGUCCAGCUGGCUGACUUGCUAGCGCUGUCUCUCCUCCGCUGCUCGAGAGCCUUCCUGGCACUGCGGGGGCCUGAACGGCACCUGCAGAGGCUACGGCGCAGCGCGUGGCGUCCGCCGAACUCGGCCUCGGUGCAGGCCACGCCGUCUGCUCACGUGUCUGUUCUUCCUUGUCCGUCGAAUGGUCAGGAAAGCUGCAGCGCGUCUCAAGCGCCGCCCCCGUUUGUCUCUGCAGCGUCGCCGUCGUUCUCGCCUCAACGAAGCCUCUCAGAGAGUGCGGCGCUGAUUCGAGGUUCCCCGGGCCUUCUCCCAGCUCCCGGGGGCGGACCGAGUCACGGGCAGCCUCGCGACGAUCUCGCGCGCCCCCCGCGACGCUGGUUCGAACGGCCAAAGCCUGAAGAACUUUUGGAAUUGUCUGUUCGUUUCGGCUCGAGGCCGUCUGGCGGCGCGCCUCUUCAAUCGAGUAGCCACCAGCGCCUGCUGCUGUCUCAUUUGCAAAGUGGCGGCAACGCGGUUCUGCGUCUUGUCACCCAGACUCCGCCAAGUUUUGGGUCCAUCGCUAGCGCGUGCGGCACAGGCUGUGGCGUGUCUUCGUUCCGCGACAGUCUUCUCGGAUCCGAAAUUGGCCGCGACCCGUCUGACGGAGUCCCCCGCCGCCAGUGGGGCCAUGCAGGGACGUUCGGGGAACGCCUCGCGGAGGUCCUAGACGAGGGACAAGGUAGCCUGGCGAUGGAAGGAGCGGCCGACGAGGGUGACGGCGUCUUGGAGCAGCUGCUUCUAAGCUCGCCUGCGCAGUUCUUCUGUUCGAACUCAAAUGACGGCGGAGGAGCGCCGCGAGGAGGCGGGCUCCUGGGCUGGGGAAGCGACGCCUCAGUUAUGCUCCUCGAGCUUGACGCUCUCAUGGAUCGGAGCAGCGGGGCUCUCAUGAAGAUGCGAAUGCGUCAACAAGCCGAGGCCCGCGGCGCACCUGGGAUGCUUGCUCCGUACUCUUCGAGGUGGUUUUCCGUGCCAGAAGAUUCGGAGAUGUGGGCGGACCCGAGAGGCGUUUCUUCUGGAUCUUUCUCCUCUCCCUGCAUGGCUGUCGGCGAGAGUGCAGCGGUCGAAGACCUGCUAUCGCUCCUGUCUGCAGCACUUCCUCCGGGAGCGCAGGAGCAGCUUCUGCCUCUGCUUAUGCCGGCUGCUGGCUGCGGCCGCGACGCGCAGGACAUCGCAGAUCUUCGGGCUUCCUCGUGGCACGCCUCUUCCGUGAAUGGCGCCGUCGAGACGGGAGCUUCGCUUGAAGACACAGAGGCUUUGGACCACGACCCAGGGGUCUCUCAGGCCCGCUGCGGAUGUUGCGCAUGCGUCGGCCCCGCCGUUCUACCUUCGUGGCUCACCGGUGCGCGGCUGCCUCUUUCCUGCUGUUGCGACCAGGGCGGCAGCGCGUGGAUGCUCGGUCGGCCAAAGGAAGGGGACAGGCUUCUGGGGGCAGCAGAGACAGACGACCGAGACUGGUCACCUGGCGCCAGGUCGCGUCUCUCUCGACGUCGUUCCAGCUUCUCCAGCGUGACUUCUCGAGACUCCGGAACCUCUCCCUUCUCCAGUGAACCGGACUUGAGUGCCGCCUCAGCCGGCUCGGGGCGCCUCGCUAUCGGCGCGGGGUUGUGCGCCGCGUCAAGGAGUGGCGGGACACCGGCGGCCCUCCAGGCUUCAACGGCGGGUCCCUGCCAAAGGUGUUGCUUUCUCGUUCCGCCCUCGUUGCUCGAGGACGGCUUCCCUGGCGGCGUCGAGCUGCUGACAGCGCAGGAGGCGAGGCGGCCGAGCGCCCGAGACUCUCGCGGGUCGCCGCGCUCGAAUUCGCCCGACAGCAACCCUCUCCCUGUCACAGGUCGGUCUGCGCGUCCUGCCUCGUCCCUACGGGCUUCACACGACGCGCAAGGAAGCCGGAUUGGCCUGGGAGUCGCAGCGCAAAAGGCCCACUUGCGCAGAGUCCCCGCGGCUGCCGAGAGAACUCUCGAUUCCGCCACGGACGUUGGCGCCCUGAGCGAGUCGGAGGCGCAGUGCGCUGCCUUGAGUGAUGCUUCUGGAAUUAGCCGGCAGCGCAACGCAAACAGCGUGGAGAGUUGGAGCGAGCGCGACGGCGAGGGCGCCUCGGAUCCAGAAGCCGACGGCGGUGAAUUCGACGGGUGUCAGCGUACGAGGCGUUCCGAACGAUGCCUCCGCGGCGAGGCCCACGCAGAGGAGACUGUCCCUUCUGGGUGGCUCGGGCCGUCGGCGGCUGCCGAGGGGAUUCCCUGGGCCUCUGGUUCCGGGCCGGGGGAGACUGUGGAAGAGGCGCCGACACACAGAGGGGCUGGAAGCGAAACGAGCAGCCGCAGGCGCGGAAACGCCGUUCGCGGUCGCGGCCCAGAGUGCCACGUCAGCCUCAUGCAGGUUCACCUGUCGCUGCACUUUAUCGCGGUCGAAGUUAGCUAUGUGUGCGAGUGUCGCCGGGCCACGUGGCAAGAAGCAGGCGAAGACCGGGACGGAGACAGCGUGUGGGGGCUGGCACACCACUCUCGCAGACGCGAAGUUCCUGCUGCGUCGCUUGCCUCGUCUCGCGGCCCCGCGCUGCCGUCUCUUUCGCCGGCUUCCCAUCUGCUCUGGCUGCUGCACUGGCCUCACACCCCAGAGGAAGAGGACGACUUGUCUUCGACCUUUGCUUCUUUCGCCGGCAACAGCGUCCCGGCUGCUGGAGCUGGAAGGAAACGGGAGAGCCCACCGCGUCCCCGGAACGGCGAGGCGAGUGUGGCUUCGGCUUCUCCCUUCUCGACUUCUCGAGGCAGAGCGAACGGGGACCCAAAGAACAACGGCAGUCGGAGUCUCCGUUGGCAGCUGUUUGCAAGUCUCGUUCUGUCUCCGUGGAAGGGGCUGUGUGUCAACGACCAGGCGUUUUACCUCUUCUCGCCGCUGUCGCUCUUCGCCCUCUCGCCGUCCCAGCGGCCCCUGUCUGUUCUUCUCAAUCUCGUCAUCUUUGAAGGGGUGACGGCUGCGGUUGCCUUCUGCGUAGUCAAUGGCGUCGAGCUGAAGUGCCUCUGUCACUUGCUUCUCUUCGUGGGGCUGAAAUACCGAAAGCUUGAGAUGGUCAAGUCGGCCCUCGGCCUUCUCCCCGAGGCGCAACAGAUGGCCGGCAUCCGCAUGCUCGUCCUCUACAUUCUCCACGGCUACAGCAGUGAUCGCCUGGUCGUCCCCGUCCACCUUCCGCCUCCGUCUGAGCCUCGGCCGCGCGCGGCCGAGUCGCCCGAAGCCGAGGGAAGGAAAGACGGCGAAGGAAAAAGGAGAGCAGGAACGGAGAUGCACGCUGCGGGCCCUAACUCGAACCGCAUGCAGCGGAACCCGGCUGCGGACGGGGCAAAAACGGAGCCGUGUGUCCAGCGCGAAGGGCUGGAGCUUUCCGGCGAGGCAUCACCCAAUGUGGACUACUACACGGCUGCCGCUCCAGGGCUCUACGCCACAGUUCUCGACCUCUUAGAUCUCUUUCACUUCCCCACGCAGGAGAGACACGUGUCUCCAUAUGCGUUGUCGACAACUCCGUCUCUCCUUCCCCAGCGCCUCGCCUUCGUCAAGGCCUCUGCUCAAAGGGCGUUUUCCAGUCCAGCCGGGCUGCCGCUUCGCAGUGAGAGAGCCCGAGACGCCGAUCCGCCGACACUGUGCAGUCACGUAGGCGGCCAGCCCCUCGCUCGCCGAGAAGACGCGUUUAGUCUCUCUCGCGCGUCGUUGGAUUCGUCUCCCUCUGCGCUGGCCCCUCGUCCCUACGACUCGCCGCGUGCCUCCGCGGACUCCGCCGGAGUCGUGCAGCGCCACGGCGAGUCCCUGCGUCUCCUGGACGGCUGGCCACUUGACGCUGUCGAGCCCGAUCGAGGGCCCGUUGGCGCGACCCGCCUGCGCGAUGCGAGAAACGCGUUUCCCCCUCCGUCAAUCUGCAUUCUGCCUCCGCAACCGCUUUGGCCGAGAGACGGCGGCGGCUCGCGUCUCCCUGCUCUGUUUGGCGCGUCGCGACGGCCGUCCUUCUUCGCUCUUGAUCUGUGCCAGAAAAACGACCUGGCGAACGGCUCUGCGCUCGCUUUCCAUCUCGCCGACGCUGUUGAGCGCGCGAGGGCUGCAGCUACACGCACAGUGACUGCAUGUGUCGCGUCCUGGAACCGUGGUGGUCCCGUCGCGUUCCCGGCUUCUCUCGCCUCCCACCUCGGAAGUGGAACUCUCCCUGGCGGCGCGGCGCUGGCCUCGGAGUCUCACGCGACGACGCCGAGCGCUCUGCUGCUCUUUGGAAACCGCAGCGGGUGCGACUCGCGUCUUCUCUCUUCCUGGACGGACUCCAGGGCGGAGGUAAAGCCGGCGGUGGCCUCUUGGGCCAGGUGCGCCUCGGGAGGAGUCAGUCAACCUGCGGCGGGGUCGGUUUCGUUUGCCGCGCCGAAUGCGUCUGCAGUGCCCCGCUGGCCGGGCGGCAAGGCGAAGAGCCAGGAGACGUUGCUGGCGGAAGCCGCGACAGCGGCUGCAGCCGCUGCAGCCGCUGCGUCUUCGUUGCUCGCCGUGGACAAGGCGUUCUGUUCCCGGCUUCUGGCAAUCAUUUUGCAGUUUACCAAUGCCCUGAUCUGCCGGCGAGUGCUUCGCAAAAUUCAGAUCUGUGACGCAGCGGGCCCGUCGGCCUUCACUUCGUCGGGUGCCUCUGUUCGGGCGUCUUCUCUCGGAGGACCAGAAGCCUGUCCCGACUCCGCGGGGUUUGAAGAUACCGACCGGCAGGCAAUGCGCAAGGCACAGCAGCAGGUGACCGACGAGCUUCUCGAGCUCACUGUGUAUCUCCAGUUCAUUCGUGCUUUGCAGCAGGCUCUGAUUCUCUCUCUCCCCAGUGCGAAAGUCUACCAUCUGUCCGCCUUAAAUCUGCACCAGGUCCGCACUCAGCAGCAGCAGGCGCUCCAGUGGCCGCCUCUCGCUUCGCCCUCUCAGGUGUCUCCGCCGGCCAUUCCGGCAACUCGCCCCAGAGCGGUCGCCACCGACUCCCCGCCCUCCUCUGCGUCUCCAUGCAGUUUCCGUCAACGAGACGGAGAAGAGCACGACGAGGAAGGAAGAAGGCGAGAAGGCCUCGCCGCGAGGCGGCGCACCGCGCACAGUCGAAGGAAGGACGAACGUCUCAGCGCAGAGCGGGGAAACGAGCAAGGUACCGUGAACGACUCUGAGCUUCCGCUUCGUUCCGUAGAAAGGAUGGCCGAGGUCGGAUCGAGGCUCGCCUCGCAGCCUGGACAGAGGCGCGAAGAACGCAAGAAAGGCGACAAGGAAGCGCACACAGCCGAGGCUUCGGAGACACGGGACGCCCUUCCCAGUGCCCGGUCGCGGGCCGGUAAGGAGUCGCCUCGGGCGUCUCUCGAGAGGAGCCGAGCCCACCCGCAGGAGCCGCCCGAACCCGCCUCGCGAUCUUAUGCCUCGCCAUCCUCGACCUCCUCACUCGCGCUGGGGAAAGAGGACGCGGACGCAGCAGCUGCAGCCGCCUCGGUCACCUCCUGUAGCACUCUGGCGAAUCUCUGGCCUGAGGAGGCAGACCCCGAGGCCGUCAUCCGGGACGCUCUUCUGACCGGGCGUGUCAGCUCUGCUCUCGUCUGGCUGGCGCGCAGGCGUGCCGGGAGCGCAGGGCGAGGCUCGAGCAGAGAGCGCGCCUCUGUGAUCACUUCUCAUAGUGCAGACGCCUCGCGAAGCCGAGCGCUUACGCCUUCUCUUGCGGACUCGAGAACUGCGGGGGUUUGGGCGGAGGCAGGAGCUCGGGAAGGAGCAGAGAGCGAGACGGCCAUGGCGACUGUCCAGCGCGUGGGCCGCCGGAUGGUGUUCCAGCUCUUCUGCAAUCAACAGGUGGAAUUCUUCUUCGUGGGCAUGCAAAUGCUGAGACAGCUUGGAAUCAACGUGCCGGCCUUCUGCAUGGCUGCGGCCUUCUUCACCACACGCCCCCUCGUCCGGCGCCGGCUGCUCCGCCACUUGCGGCACAUGGGGCGCCUGAGUCAGGCUCGCCUGAAACUUAUCGAUUUCUUACAAGUCCUCGAACAGGAGUUCACGAAUCAGUGUUACACAGCCGAGUACAACCGACAAGUGACCUUGGCUUUAACUCAGCAGCAGCCCGUGCACAUUAUCGACGCCCUUCCUCCUCUUUCGGCGCUUCCAGCUUCCUCGGUUUCUUUCAAAGGCCGCGAAGACUUCGCCUCAAGCCUCCCGCAUUCGACUUCUCCAGCUCUCAGCCGCCACCUCGACAGCUGGCCCCACCCCACACAGAGUCGGCUACCCAGCGGAGAGGAGGCGUGGAGCGAGCAGUUCAGAGGGCCUUCCGCCCCGGCCAGCCCCGACGGCAGGGACCACUGUCUCCACGCCUUCGGGGCGGUGCUGCGAGAGCCUGUCGGCGGCGCCGCUGGAAGCCCAAGACGCUCGGCGGGCGCGGGGACGCCCGCGCUGCCUGUGCUGAGUGAGCGAAUCGCGGGGACAGCUGUGUGGCCGCCUGGGGGCCUUUUGGCGCUGUGGAUGAGCGUGGACUGCGCAGGCAUGGUCGGGGAGGAGACCCGCGAGAUGCUGCUGGCUCGGCUGGCGCCAUGCUUGCUGGAGGCGGGCGAGAAGACGGGCGCGGGAGAAGGCCGAGUGGGCCCGAAAAAAACGCGGUCAGUCGUCUACGUGAAUGCGCAGGGCGAGGACGUGAGUCGAGGCGUCGCCGGAAUCUUAGGUCGCGAGGGCGAGAAGGUCUGCGGCGACCGCGUGGUCUGCUCCCACAGUCUCUCGGACGAAGAUGAAGAUUACACCCUCCUGUCGGUCCAUGCGAACGGUCCUGCGUUUGCCUCGCCUCUUGGCCAGACGAGGGCGCAGACUGCCCUCGCGCCGCCUAGCAACGACCCCGUUCUCGCAGGGUCGCAGGCAGCCCCAGAGCGCGUCCCGACAGCGGCUCUCGUCUCCCACUACGCAAAUGAAGCAGUCACUGCAUGGGCACACUUUCAAGUCGGCGACGUGGACGAUCUGUCCGCUGAGCGCCUCUUUGGGAUCCCCGCCUUUCCCCACAAUCUCCACACCUCCACGGCCGGCGGCCCCAGCGAGGGCCUGGACUCGCACACUGCUGCAGCGGCGGCGGCUCUGAACGAGACAUUCAGUUCGGCGUAUGGCCUCGACAGAGGGCCCCCGAAGGAGAGACAGGCCCGCAAGGAGCCGCGAGAAAGAGCAGAACAAAGGGCCGGAGACGCAAAUGGAGAGGAUAAGCAGCGGCUCGACGCGAAACAGCGGAGGAGUCAGGCGCGAGGGCGCGCGGCGGGCGAGGGACCGGGGCACUCGCAGAGACAGAGAGGCGCCAGGUCUUCUUCGACCCCUCCAUCUGAGUGUGAAAGGGAGCAGACGGAGACUGCGCACCGAGGGAGAGACGCAAACGCAACUGAGGACGAGCCGCGCGAUGGCUCAGACGACAGCGACCCGUCUGCGGAAACAAGACAGCGAGGGCGAACCCACGCAGCAACAGAAACUGGCGCGGGGCGAGGAGUAGGAAGCGGAGAGGGCGAGGCGUGUCAGAGACUCGCAGAGGAGACACGGCUAAUGAAGAUGAGAGGCGUCUGUUGGCAGUGUCGACGCGCGGACGUGAAAGACCUCGAUUUUUCCUUUAGCCGGGCGUCGACGCGCCUGCCGUGGAGGGGCCUCCGGCACCGCCCCGGGAGCGCGGCGUGCGAGCGCGGGCCAGCUGCCUUCUGCAUGCAGAGCCACGAACGGUCAAUCGAGGGCGCUGAAUCGCCCUGGCAUGCCCCGGCUGGCAGCGGCGACCUCGCGGCAGGCCUUCAGAAAUGUUCCCACUCUUCGUUCGGCGCAGAUGCGUCUGCGAACUGGGCGAAGGCUGCGGAGGGGCUCGCGAGUCGCGGCCGAGAGCCAAGCGAAAACGGAGAAUCGACCGCGAAGCACGGCGAGACACUUUUGCUGCGCAGUCGCGACGCGUCCUGGGCCGCGUCGUUUCUGGAGGCUUUCGAGCUGCGGCUCCCGAAAAAAUCGAUUCUGAGUGGCUACUUAUGUGUAACCCUUGACUGGGUGUCCAGGUGGAGUCGCGGCGCCUCGCUGCGCAUUCUCCUCGAGCGGCGCUAUGUGUCUCUCCUCGAUGCCUUGCGAGCAGACGGGAGCGCCGAGCGGGCGCGAAACGAAGGCCCAGAGACGGAGGCAGCUGGGGCGAACCCUGCAGACGCUUUGACAAGGCACGCGGAAGAAGCAAACGAGCAAGAGCGGGGACGAAGUUGGAGCGGAAGGCAGGAGACGCGAGACAGAGGACGGUGCGACCGGAGAGUCGACGGCCUGGACGCGUUUUCCAAGAGAAGGCCCAGCGACCGCGCGGCCGCAUUCCCCCGGCGCGGCGGUGCCGGAAAGAAGACGGUGACCUCCGUCAUUGCUUCUUCUCUGAAUCUCCACGGAAACUCGCUCGGUCUGUGGUGGCAUACGCUGAUGUACUUUGUGAGUCACCACGACUGGCGGGGCGUGUCGCUCUGGGUGCGCCGCCUGCCUCUCGAAGGCCUUUCGGUCAAUCAGUUUGGCCUCUGUUGUCCCCAGGAGCCUGCGACCGGCCCUGCGCGCAGACACCUCGUGCCGCGUCUUCUCGUGCGCCUGACCCGACGCGGCCUCGACGCCUGCUCGCCUUUCCUCCGCGAUGUUCUGCUUCAAGAGUUAGCCAGGCGAGGCGUCCUCUGCGAAAGCAGCGGCGACACCCGGGGCUUCCCGCUCCUCCUCCGCCGCCUCGCGAAGGCAGGCCUUCUCUUCGCCCUGGCGACCGCGGGCGAGCCGGGACCCGAAGCUGACGCCUCCAAAGCGGAAACGGAGACACGCAAAGGUGAACGCGAUACGUUUAGCCUCUCUUUGACCCAGGCCUUCGUGCCCAGCCACCAAGUGUCGCCCUUCCACUGCUACCUUCUGCUCCUCUUCAUCGUCAACGACGUCCCAGGACUCGUCAGCGCGUACCUCCAGGUCUAUCGCUUAGGCUGCACGUACGCAGCGAUGCACGAGCUGAAGGAGGCCCUCCGCGAAAACGCCGCUUUUCUCUUUCGAGAUCGCAUUUGCCACGACCCUUCUCCGUCUUCUUCCACGGCUUCUUCCGGGAGCGAGACUGGACAGAAAGAAGGCAAGGGUUCUCUGCAGCUCGCAGGGCGGCCGGAGAAGACGAAUCGCAGAGUGGCGCGUGAAGAAAGGCCCGACACGCGGGAUGGCAGGGAGAGACAAAUCGAGAGAGAGCGGGAACUGCCGCGCCAAUGCUGGAGCGCUGUCGGCGGCUCAGACAGUGCGUAUUGGCCAACUGUCUUGCUGUUGGGCCGUCUCGGGAACAACGCUUUGUUUGCCACCGCUCUCCACCAAGCCGCCUGGCUGCUGCUUGAAGAAGAGCGUCUCGCGGCUCUCGUGCCCCACGAGGAGUCUGCCGGCGCGAAAGAGACAGGCCAGGGCGUCCGAGAGGGCGAGAGGGCCGGAGACAGCGAGACGCGGGGCAGGCGCCAAACAGAGGCUCUCGCCGCAGGGCCCUCGCGGGGACGAGGGUGCUGCGGCGCACAGAGGUCGAAGGCUGGGGCAGCAGUCCCCUUCUCGGUCCGCAGCCACGUCGUGUAUGACAGCGACAACGUCGGUUUCCUUUCCCUCAAUUCCCUUGCGGCGGCCGGGAGGCCGCUUCUCUUCCUCGCGACGCUCAUGAUGCUGCCGCUCUCCUCUGCGCUCGAUGCCGUGCAUGCGGAUGCAGCGCAGCCCUGGCACCUGGAGGAACGCACGCUGAGGUCCGCCAUCGAGGCGUUUCCGGAGUUGUUUGCCGCCUACUACCCCGAUGAAGCUCAGCCUCACGAGGGCGUCCCUGCCGUUCCUCUCUCUUCUGAGGGGGAGUUUUCAGGUUUGCGGAGAAUCCAAAAGGACAGCGUUCUCACCUUCCACACAGGGGCACAUCCGCCCGCGACCUUCUUGCCGCUGCCGCUCUUCGAGAUCGUCCUCCGCCAGCAGCAUCGUCAACGCAUGGAAGGCGCGACGCGUCCGGCGGGCGAAAGGGCCUGCAGAGACCGGGGGGGCCAGCUGAGUCUCCAAGACCUCGAUGGCGAAGCGAGAACGGAGCGGGAGCGAGAGCAAGCUCGGCCCCAGACAGGGAGAGAAAACGCUGGAGCCAGCGAUGUUUUCACAUGUUCCUACGAGUCGCAGGAUCACCGAGAAGAAGACGAUUUAGAUUGUCUCCUUCCGUGGAUUGUCUCGUCGGACACAGACUGCGUCUCGGAUUCUUCGCUGCGAAGUUGGCGGGGCGACGUCUCCCUGUUGGCCAUGCUCUCGGACGUCACGAGCCUCGACGCCGCCACUCUCCUUCGUCCCCUACCGCUCUUUCGACGGCUCUUUGAGAUCCAGAGAGACAGGCUGCGGCGCAAGCGCCUGUCAGCACUCCUGGCUGGUCGGCGCGAGUCUGCCGGUUCCUCUUCAGGCGCCGGCUCGGAGGCCGCGAACGCAUCGCAGGUCGAACGCGAGAAAGAGCUCGAAGACGCGGAGGGUGAGCGCGUGCUUCUCGCCUGGCUCCGGUCUGGCCAGGCCUUCUCCUCCAUCAACGGGGACUCCCUCCCAGGGGCGGAGAGUGAGUGGUGCGGGGCCGCGGAAAAGGCGAGCCUCGUGGCCUCGACUCUCUCCCCGCGUCCUCCCGCUGCGCACGCGUCGACGUGCACUGCCGAGGGCCUGAGCAUCGCGUACUACAUUGCUCAGGGGCGACCUGCGAUGGCUUUCCAUCUCCUCUUUGCUCUCCGCGCUGCCUCGUCGCUCCCGUUCUCUGCCUCCCUCUCGGGCGCCGGGCCGACCGUCCAGGAGGCUCUAGGCGGCUGGGCUCAGCAGGCCGCGGACCGCGUUUGCCUCAGUCUCUCAGAGGCCGAGCAAGAGGCGCUGUACGAUGUCGCCCUGACCGUCGCGCUUCACAACAUGCUCAACGAUGGAGUCGUGGCUGCCGCGCUCUGCUUCCUCGAACUGUGUGGCCUCGAGACGGAGCGAGUCAGAGUCGACGCUCUCUCUGCGCGACAAAUUUAUCUCCAUCAGAAGGGGAUCCAGGCCUCCAGCUCGCCCCACGCGCCUUCUCGCGCACAUCGAAGGAGACAGAACAAGGCAGGAAAGGAGGGUGCAGGCGCUGAAAAGAAGACGGGGGCAGGAGGCGACUUGCCUUCCGACAGAGGAGAGGCGCGGGUGGCGGCGGGGGAGAGGCCGCGGGAACGAAGUGCGGCCGCGCAGCGCAGCCGACGCGACGACACCGAACUGGACGAGACAGAAGACGAGAGCGGAGACACUAUGUGGCCGCUGGAACCGGCUGAAGACGCGGGCGAGGACAACGUCCCGGACGAAGAAGCCGCCAGCGUGAUCGACCUCUUUCUUUCCUUUCCGAAGCCCGCAAAGAGGCCGACGACAAGGGAAGCGCAGACCGGCGAGGGGGAUGGGUUCUCCCAAGACGAAAGUGGCCAGGAAGAGCGCGGCAGGCUGAAGCCGGCGAGAGCGCGCGACGAGAGGAAGGUCGACAGCAAAGUGUGCAGAGACGAGGGCGAGGAAGAAGAGAGCUCCGCGGGGAUAUCUUCGCCGCACCUCCUCGCGGCUCUCCGAAUGCUCGAGGAAGCGACUUGGUCUCUCGACCCGAACCUCGCCACCACGCAAGCGGCGGCGGCGACGCCCCUCAGCCUGGAUUCGCCCUGGCACCUGGUUGGCUUAGUCCAUCAGCUGCCGCGAUCCCUCACCCUUCUUCACGAACUGGCGAGAAACGACGACUGGCUUCUCUUUCUCCACGAAGGCGACUUGCAGCAGUGCCCCGUCCAGACCAUGACCAACAUCAUUGACGGGUACUUCCGCGACGCCCCUCUGCGUCACCACCUGCGCAUCGUGGUCCGCAGCGUGGAGCGCCCAGAACUGUCUCCUUCCCCGCCUCCCGCUCGCGUCUUGCCUUUCUCUUGUUCCUCCGACGACGCAGGCGGCGAGGAAACUGUCUCUGCCCUAGUCUCGCUCGAGUCGGAGUUCCCGCCCAGGCAGCCUCUCGCCCUGGAGGCGUGGCCGGUCGACACUUCUCUUGUGGAACGGCAGACAGCCGGAGCCCCGGAAGAGCGAACGCAGCAAGACGCCAGCAGCCAGCUGGCAGAAGAUCCAAGGAGAGGGGACGGAAGCGAGGGAGCACGACCCAACCCCACACAGGCUUCGGGUCUAACGAGCACGCAUCUGGUCCCGCGGACGGGGCGCGGAGACCGCGCGUGCGCCCCAAGGCCCGGCGUCGGCGCCGCCUUCCGUUUGCAGAAUGCAGGGGGAGGAGAUGUCAUGUCUCUGCUGCUCAAGUCGCGAGUCGCAAACCCUGCGUUUUGCCUGGCAUCGUCGCGGGGCGUUCCGCCGGAAGUGGAGACGCGUGCGCGGCCUCUUGCGGCUCCGCUCCCCUCGCUCUCGCCAUCGCCGCCUUUUCCUGCCGAUUUGAAGGGCGUCGGGACGCAGUUGUUGCUGCAUGCGCUGAAAGUCUGCUGCCCGCGGCUCUCGGUGUAUGCGUCCUGCUUCGCAGACGCCAGCACGCUCGUUUGCAUCAACUCCUGGCUCUACCUGCAAACGCAGACGCUCCUCCUUUCUUCCCACUUUUCUGCAGAGCGCCCGCGGCAGGCAGGCGCACACACGAGCCUUCGCGAGGCGCGGCUGUCGGAGCAGGUAGCGAGCGACGAGUCACCGGACGCCCGCACCCGCAGAAAGAGAGGCCUUGGGAAAAAACACAGACGGAGGACGCUGGAACUGUCGCCGCGGAGAGAGGUGGAGUUUUUACGCCCUGCAGGCGCCGCGCAAAUCGAGGGCGACCCCGGCAGACAGCCGCCAGAGGCCACGCUCCUGGAGCUGACUCUGUUGGGGCUGUCGACGGUGAAUUAUGGACGGGGCGCGAGCGGCUGGCGAGGGCGCAGCAGGGAGAGAGGAGACGGAGAUGUGUCUUCCGCAGACGACGCAGGAGAGACGGAAGGGCCGACGCGCGGCAGUCCAGGGAGGCGACCAAGAGGCGACAGGCGACGGAAGUCCAGGAAGCGGGGCGAGGCCGAAGCGUGCGGGGAGGCGUUUCGUGGAGACAGCUGCGACGAAGACGUGGACGGGGCGAGAGAAGGCGCAGGCAUUCUCACGCCGCCCGCCUUCUUUCCUUCGGCGACGGAAGGCCAAGAAGAAGCGCUACUUCUCUGGCUAGCGGAGCCCAGCCACACUGUGCGCCUCGUUCUCUGGUUGUGCGAAGUGGGCAUGUACUCCCUUGUCAUUCGCGCGUUUCGUCUCUUUGAUGAGAACAACGUCCUUCUCGACAUCCUCCUCUUCUUCAGAGCGUUUCUCCAGUGUCGGUUUGAAGCCUCGGAGCGUCUCCUGCGUCGUUUCGUUGAACGCCGAGAUGCGGUGCUCGCCGCACAUGAAAAAAGCGCGCAGGCUCCUCCGUCUUCUCGGCAGAGCCUUGGGUCUCUGGGAAGGCCGCAAGAGGUCGAAGGCCCCGGUGCGGGUCCGCUCGGUGAACAGGGUGGGACUCGACCAGCCAAGUGCGUGCAAGUUGAAACAAGCCUGCGACUGGUGCCGGACGGCGUCCGCAUGGCCGACGCUCUCGUCCAUUUCCUCUUGAGCAAGCAUCCGCUGUUCCGGCGGCAGAUCCUGCAGCAACUGCACAGCGCGGCCUAUUGCCCUUCUCUCUCGCUUCUCUUUCACUCGUAUAUUUUGGUGGAGGAGCACAAGCUUCCCGCGCCUCUUGACUUCCGGAGCGACAGCAGCGAUCUGCUCGACGCGUUGAUUGCGAUCCACAAAUAUCGAGAAGCUCGGCGAUGGAGACGCUUGGCGGGUCUGUCUCCGAGCUUCGACAUUGUCAUCACGGUCCACGAGGUCACCCACCUUCUCGCGUCCUUCAAACACGGCGGGUGCUGGACCGACGGCCACGAACGCCUCAAGAUCUGGAUACGCAGCUUCGAAAUCUUUAGGCUCCACAAGCUUCCCAAAGUGCUUGCUGCCUUGUUUUUCCUCGACGUCAACGCGAAGCUCGAGCAAGAACUCUUCGCGAGAGACCAGGCGAUGCUCCUGGCGAUGGCUCUCCAGCUUCUCCUCGACUCGGUCCCGUCUCUUCCUUGUGCGUCCUCUGCUUCCGUGCCGCUCUCGCGCCACGCGCUUCUCGCACACCUGAGCCGGUGCGUCUACUUUGCACAAGAUGUCGAAGAGGGCGAAGAAGACCGCCAAAACGUACUCGUCGAGGUCGACAGGGAGGCCGCCGAAGGGCGGCUCAUCCCGGACGCGUCCCCUCUCGUGUCUUCGUUCGCGUCUCCCUUUUCCUCUCCCUUCUCGUCUUUGUCUGGCGGGGCCUUCUCUCAGCUCGCCACUGCCAACGCAGCUGACGAAGUCACUCUGUUGUCGUGCGUACCCCUCCACCCUGUCGAGCUUCUCGCGGUUUUCAAGUCGCACCGGCCCAGCUCGGGCGACGCGCCGCCUCUCUGGCGGUCGUACGCGACGACGAAUCUCCGAGAGGAAGACGCGCCGUUCCGCGGCGACGAGGACCGCAGAGGCGAGAGGCCGAAGCGCGAGCGGGGGCUCAGCCUGCGGCAGCUCUCGAGGCCGAACGGCACGCGCAGAGGCGCGGAGACACCCCUCGGAAAACGCGGGAGUCUCCGAACGCCCCACCUCCAUUGCCUAGUGCUCGCCAGGGAAGAAGACGAGAACGGCGGCGCGAGAGGAGACGGCGAGCGGCGCGAGGGACGGAAGAAGAACGUGCUGGGUCGAUCUGCAGGGGGCCAAGAAGACGAAGACGAGGGAGGAGAAGAAGAACCUCGCUGGAGUGAAGUGGUGACUGAGCCGCUGCUGCAGGACGUGGCGUCUCGCCUGCUGCUGCUGCUGGCAGGGCAGUCCAUCGCAGCAGCUGAGGAGGCCAUGACGCCGCGCGACCCACAGCCCCGCAGAAGCGUCGGCCCCCCGGGGGGGCGAAACGAGACAGUCCCUCGAGGGAUGGAGAGAACAGGAGAGGCGGAAAGCACGCGAAAUGGAAGGCGGAACUCUUUCUCGGGGGCGUCGCGAAUUAGCGCACACAGAGGUGCACUGGAGACCGUGGAGUCUGCAUCUCGUGACGCGAGUUUCUCGGGAGGACAGGCGCCUCCACCGUCGGAGUCCACGUCCCCCCCUGCGCCUCGCCUUCCGACCGUCCACCACCCUCUCGCCUUCGACUUCUAUGACUCUCUCAGAGCCCGCAUUGAGUCUCUCCUGCCGGCGCACCUCCCCGCUCUCCCCUUCAGCCUAGAAGCGUCUUCGUCUGCCUCUUGCGCCUUUUCUGCGGUCUCUCCUCGUGCCGGCCAAUCCGAUCCGCGCGACGAGUCUUCGUUGUGGGCUGCGUCGUGCGCUGCUCUGCUUCGCGGGUCUUGGCACGUGAGCGACUCGCGGUCCUCUCCCCGCGCCGCCUCUCUCUCUGCGCCCGAUCACGUGGCAGUCUCGGGGUUGCAACAGGCAGUCGCCAGCGGCUCCUGCGCUGCGCCUCCCGCCUCGGAGGCGCGCAGACUCCUCAGGUGUCUCCAGAGUGCGACGGCGAAUUUGAUAAACUGCAGCCACCUGCAGGCUGCCAAGAGUCUUGUUCUCCGUUUCUCCCCCGCCGUCCUCAGCUGGGCAGACGCGGAGGCGAAACGCGCGGACAGGUCGCGCCGAGAGAGAGAGGAUGAAUGCGAAGAGACUGGUGGCCGAGGCGGAGACGAAGAGCCUCGACGGCGAGAGAUCCGCAGGUUAGCAGGGCGGGCGGCCAGGCGGCGUAGUUCGAGCGGAAGGCGACAGAGGGCCGAGCCGCCCGGCGCGAGCGCGGACCGGCGCGCGCCGUCUCGCGACUUGCAGGUCGCCAACGGAGAUCGCGAACGGGGCGUGCGCGGCGAGAGGAGAGGCGUCGGCGAUAGCGCAGAGAGAGCAAUGGAGGCGCGGCAAGGCGACGUCCGCGGCAGAAGUCCAGACGUCCAGGCCCAGCUCGAGUUGUUGGCCGACGACGUGGCCUUGGUUGAACUGCUUCUGCAAACCGUCAAAGUUUUCAGUCAGUGCGCGGCGAACCGGGACUCCGGCUCAGACCCUGUGGGGCCGUUGGAGACACCUCGCGUGGCCGCGGGAGCAGCUGAAGAGCGAAGCGGCGAAGACGAGGAGGAAGACCGAGGCGGGGACGCAAGAGUCGGAGGCAGAGAAGACUGCUGGGGCGAGGGCCUCAGAGAGGAAGGCGAGCCGCACGGCGCGGAAGUGCUCAAGACACUCAAGAGAGCGGUGCGCCGGGCGCCGUGCUUUUCGCAGCGCGACAAGCAGCCGCCGCCGCUUCUUCCUCACCAAGUGGAACUUUUGGAGCUUCUGAUGGACGACGACGCACGUGAAAAGGCAAGAGAAGCUGAAGCGGAAACUGGAGGCAGUCGCGCUGCGAAGACAUCCGUCUCGUCUCUGGACGCGAACGAGCAGACGGAGGAAGGCGGCGCCUUCGCUUCGGCGUCGCAACGAGGUCAUGCGUCGCCUCACAUGCAGUCUUCGGCGUCCUUUGCCGAGGGCCUGAGCGACCGGGAGCAGUGCAUCCUGUUGGUCGAGCAGCUGGUGUGCCGGUGCAGUCGCGCGAUUCUUCCCUUCUCCAAUCGGCUCCUCGUCUGCUUGGCCAUCUCGCAAGUCCUCCGGGCCCCGUUUUCCGCCGUCGUCCAGCAAUUCAACGACGCGCCUCACGACCUGCUCCUGGCGCUGCUGCAGCGCGUGGGCGUGCCCACAGCCGCGCACCCGAAGCUCGUGCUCUGUCGCCACUACCUGAACAUUUCCCAGAAACUCCCCCCCCAGACUGUCGCCCGCGUCAUCGUGCGAGCCUUCAUCGCCCACCAAAUCGAGGAAUUCCACACGGCCGUCGUCCCAGACUCGAACGGCACCCCAGAGGAAGACGAGGACGAAGAAGGAGAGGAAGAGGUUAUGCUGGAGUGGUUUGAGUGGCCGCUGAGCUUGCUGUAUCAAUUUGUCUCGUUGGGAGGCGUGUCGACGGCUGUAGGAGACGAGGCACUUCGUGUGCUUCGCUGUCAAACGCAGCUAUGGAAGGAAGUAGAAAAGCGAGAGGAAGACGGACGCUUUCACCUUCUCGACACAGGAGAGAAACAGCCGGAAAAGGACGAUCGGCGGUGGGCGGCGUCGGCUUUGCCUCUCACAGAACCUCUGCCUCUGGAGUGUGAAGUCGAAGUGAUGGUUCUUGCCUACUCCGCAUUUGCCAGCAGCAGCUCGUUCGCAGGCGUGGCAGAUCUCCUCGCGGCAAUCAAUUCUCGCCUCGACGUCUACGUUGCCGCAGGCCGCUUUUACCUCCUCUGCCGGCUCCUCACCACCAUUCCCGCCUUCCAGGGCUUGGAGCGGGCUCUCGACCUGUUGCUGGACAACAAUCGCCUGGAGGACUUGCUCCACUGCUGCCAGUGUUGCCUUGCUCUGUCUUCCGCUCCUCGGCGCCACGUCGACUUUCCGCUCGCGCCGUCUUUUACUUGCGCUUCUCGUUCUCCUCCGCACGGCCCGCUGGAUCCACAUCGCCCCGGGCGUGUCCCCGACUGCUCGGCGCGGGCGCCGGCCGCGACCCCGGCGAGCUCCAGCCUCGGCGUCGCGGGCGUGUCUGCUCUCUCGCUUCCCUACGGCCAGUUCCCGAGUGUCUCUGCGCUGCCGUGGACCGACGAGCGGAGCAUUGCAGAGAGCCUGGCGAUCGCCAUCGUCUGCUACUUGCACCACCGCAUGUUUGCGCCGGAGGGCACGGCCUCCACGGGCGAGGAGAAAAAAUCCGGAAGGCUGCAGUUGGACGUCCUCGUCAAGGCGCACAUUCAGCUCGGCCUCACCAGUGAACUCGCGUCUCUGCUGCAGGAGGAGGCUUUUCGAUGCAUGCAGCGGCUCGGGCCCGAUGUCGACGUCCUCUACUCUGAGGCCGGCGAGGACUGUCUGUUGUUGACACUACAGCUGUUCCUGGAGAGCUCGCGGUGGUUCUUGGCCGCGGGACGCCUUCAGUUUCACAUGACCGUGAAUCGUCUGGCUGCACUCGUCGCGCUGCAACUCAAAGCUGUCGAACUGUUUCUCUCGCUCCGCAGUCUGUCGCGGAAAGCCAGAGAGCACGACCAGCAGAGGCGCGCGCUGGUUCUCGGCCUCCUUGAGCGCGUCCAAAAGCCCGGCUGCCGUCCGAACUUCAAGGCAGACGGGGAGCGAGCUCGCGGGCUCGGCCUCUCCUCACCGUCUUCGGUUUCCGAACAAAGUGGUCGGGGGCGGCUUCUGUCUUCCUCUCUCGUGGAAGCUGACGCAGGACGGCCGCAGACUGGCAGCCGAGGCGUCGGCCGGUCCCUCUCCUCGCAGGCGGCGUCUCCCCCGCUCGGCGAUCUCGUUCAGACGCUGUUGUUCGAGUUGAGCUGCGAAGAAGGGGCAAAGAACGCGGCGUCGACAACGCCCAACUUCCGCUCCUUUGCUGCCUCUCUGGCCUCCCACGGCCCGCGAGAAAGGGUGGGGCGACACUUGGACGCCUUGGCUCCCCGGCGGCCGCCCCUCGCUGCGGGGCGGACCGGAAGGGCCCUCGGGGCUCACCUGCCCUACGACGGAGGUGUGCACGCAGCUCCCAGGCUUCACGGCGAUGCCGAGCUCAGGAGACUCCCGAACGCGGGAGAGGCGCAGGAUCCGCUCUCGGCUUUCGGAGGCUCCGACCAGGCUGCAGCCGAGGGGGCGGCGGGAUCGGGCGGUGGCGGGGCCUGGCCAGAGACAGGUGGAGAAACUCGGGCGGAAGAGGCAGAAGAUGACGCCGAGACCAUCAGUGCUUUAUUGACGCGCGGGGAGGCAAGGCGCGAGACAGGAGAGUGGGCUGCGCGGCCUUUCAAUGUUCUCCACCUCUCUCUCACAGAAGUCCUAUUGUUCAUCGAAGUGCAUACGGACGCCACUGCCAGCGUUAUCGUCUCCAGGGCAUACGACCAUAUCUACGGCAGCAUCGUUAACGCGGCGUGGCCGCGAGCCCUCUUUCGCCACUGUGUCCUGCGCGGCGACCGCCGUUACCGCGAACAGCUGCAAGGCCUAGAAGUCCGAGGAGACAGAAAGACUUUCUCUGGGGACAGCUUUGUUCUCGCCGGCGAAGACCCAGUGGCUCAAGGAAGCGGCGCGCUUUCCACAGGCAUGCCUUCCUCCCCAGGCAGGAGAAAAGGCUUCCUCGAGCCUCCUGCCUCUGGUGCCUCGCCCUCGUGGCGGGAGUCGCGGGAGGCUUUGGGCGCGUCCGAUGCCGAAGGCGCUGCAUGCGGUCACUCUUCGUUUUCGGGGACAGACGCGAGCCUAUGGGAGACUGCUGGCUUCGGAGACGAAAUCAUGGCCGCAGUCGUCCGUUUGUUUCUGGCAGAGUUUUCGCCCGACAGCGGGCCGGCGUCGCAAAGCGGGUCGCAGAAGAGCCACAGCGCAUGCGGAACUGUCGAGCAUGCGCCGACCGUGCACUCGCCCGCUGAGGCCAGCGACGAGGAUGGGCCGGAAGCCGCAGGGGGAGAGAGAGCUCCCUCGGCGGCAGGGCGGCGGUCGGCGUGGGGAGAAGGAGAAGAUAGGUUUUCGCGCUGCGACCGUCCACGUCGAGGCUAUUCGGUUUCUGCAGCUGCGAGCGGCCACGACAGCCGAGGCGAGAGUAGGGAGGAGACGCCCUCGCCGACAGCGAGGGCCAGCGGGCGAAGCCGGGGGCUGAAGAAGAGCUCUGUGGAUUUCCGCGAAGGCUCUCCCUGGACCCGCGCGGAGCGACAGGCGCCCAACACCUCGCUGGAGGAGUCCCUCGUCGCUGACAGCCGCAACUCGGGCAAAGUGGGAGGCAGGUCGGGCUUGGCGGGGGCUUCGUCAAGAGCCAGCAGAGACAGAAAUUCGCGGCGGACGGCAACAGCUAGAGAGAGCGAUCUCCGUUCUGCAUCUGCGCGGCCUUCUUGUAGGACAGGGCCAACACGCGACGAGACAGACCUGUAUAUUGCCCGAGCCUUGGAUCCGGUCUCGUGGUCGACCGGGGGCGCGAAGGCAAGUGAUGCGUGGGCCAGCGAGUACAGCGCAUCUUCGAAUAUACGGCGAGACCUGGGACCCCUGGUCUCCAGCAGUGCUUCGCGGCUGCCAGAAGGACAGGGGCGCACUGGGGAGAUGCCGACUGGCCAGUUUAACGACCAUUCCAUGGAUGUUGCUUUUCUCCGCUCGCUCUUUCUCGAGGGAAACAGCGGUCUCAGUCUCCCGGCGAUCGCAGGUGUGCAAGAGUACAGCGUGAAUCCCUGGGCCACAGGCGAGGCCGCCGGCACCGUCCUCCAGAGGUCUUCGCUCAGUCCGUCUUCUCUGGAUUGUCCGUCGCCACACGAUAAGGGCCAGCGCGCUCUCUUCACUGCCGCUGCCGACGUGGACUUUGAGCAGUACGCCUUCCAACCUACCGGAGUCGUGGAGCGGAUUCGCCGCGCCUGCGGAGCUGGCCGAGGAGACUUCGAGGCCGACCGCCUUGCUGACGAGAUUGUCCAGAGGUUCAAGGAGCAGUGCAUCAUCAACUUGAAGGAUCUCCUCGUCCGCGGAGUCCACAAUCUCGAGCGCCGAUUAAAGUUCUGUCGCCAGCUUGGCCCGGAGUUCGGCGACAUCGCGGCAGAGUGCAGCGUCAUGGCGGACGAUGCGUCGCUCUACCCACCCGAGGGCUUCCUGCGCGCGCAAGGGCGGCUGAAGCACAUCAGCUUGCACGGAAGCCAGGCGGUUGUGUGGGCCUCAGAGAGUCGCGGCGCUGGGCGCAGCCGCGAGGGCGAACAUGGAGGCCAAACUGUGCGUGCAGACAGACCUCUCUGGAGCGCCGGCGGCUCCAGUGUCGACGCGUAG